AUUGCCCAAGAGAGAAUUCCUAGUCAGCCAUGGGUGUCCGUACCAAGACCGUGAAGGGCUCUGCCGUCAAGAUCAUCGAGAAGUACUACUCGCGCCUCACCUUGGACUUCGACACGAACAAGCGUGUGUGCGAUGAGGUAGCCAUCAUCCCGUCCAAGCGCAUGCGCAACAAGAUCGCUGGUUAUAUCACGCACCUCAUGAAGCGCAUCCAGCACGGCCAGGUGCGCGGCAUCUCGCUCAAGCUGCAGGAGGAGGAGCGCGAGCGCCGCAUGGACUUCGUGCCGGAGGUCUCGGCCAUCGACACGGAGAACAUCGAGAUCGACAACGACACCAAGGACCUGCUGGCCCACCUGGACCUCAAGCUGGCCGGCGUGCACGUGCCCCAGCCUAAGGCCCGUGAGCAGCACCACCACCACCGCAACUAAGCGUCUUUCAGCUGAAAGCCUAGGUUGCUAUGUGCGGGUUGCUGUAGGAGGACUGUCUAGUCUUGUGGCAAAGCGCUUUUGCUGUUGCCUUUGAGAUGAACACAGUUUUGCUAUCUCGAUAAUCCCAUGGACAAUUCUUUCUUAU